AUGGGGGAAUCACCAGGGGGCACGAAGAUAUGGGUACCAAACGUUGAUAGCAAUAUAUGUCCAAAGGUUGGUGACUUCUUUUCAUCGGUUGAGUCCGUAGAAAAUAUGUAUAGGAAAUACGGUGAUGUUGCUAGGUUUGAUAUCCGGUUGGGAAGCAAAAAAUUGAAUGCGUUGGGUGAAGUGCAAACCCGUUAUUUCGUUUGUAGCAAGGAGGGUAAUCCACCGAAAAAGGAAUUUGAUUCGUUAGAAGUUUCAUCGGGAGAGAGGAAAAGGCGUAAUACAAAUUUCAAACGUACCGGUUGUAAAGCUUGCCUUAAGGUACACUAUGUGAAAGUGAGUGGCCGGUACGAGGUCUAUCAUUUCAUAGAGGGGCAUAAUCAUAUGCUUUGUCGUUCGGAUGAGAAGAUGUUCACCCGUUCAAGACGACAACUUGAUUACAAGGAACGAAGGAAUGUUUAUCACGCAUCCAGUUCUAAAGUUGGUAUCACUCAGUCGCGCAGAAUGCAAUUGGCAAUGAACGGGGGUUUAGUAGCAUCUGGKGGGACAGCUAGGGAUCAUAUGAACUUUAGAAGAGACAUUAUGCUCUUCGUUGGUGACAAAGAUGCACAAAUACAUGCAAUGAUUUUUGUUCCAUUUGUUGCAAUUGACAAUCACAAGAAGUCUGUUGUCGUCGGUGCAUCAUUGAUUAGAAAUGAAUCUGUCGUUAAUUUCAUAUGGGUAUUGAAUGCGUUUAUGAAAGCGCACGGUACUCAGCCACAGUUUGUAAUAACCGAUCAAUGUGCAGCAAUGAAACAAGCGAUACCUAUAGUUUUUUCAGAAUCUACUCAUCGAUUGUGUAUGUGGCACAUAACAAAAAAAGUUAAGGAAAAGAUUUGUGAUCAUGUAGCCCAUGGGACCCCGUUUAAAAGCAAGUUCAACAAACUCGUAUGGAAUGUACACCUAAGUCCCAAAUUUUUUGAGGAGAAAUGGAAUGSAUUGAUGGAUGAGUUUGGACUGCGGGGUCACUCGUGGUUCGAAGAAAUGUAUGCAAUAAGAGAAUCUUGGAUUCCAGCCUACUUCAAGGACUACCCAAUGUCUGGUCUUAUGAAAACCACUUCCAGGUCUGAGAGUAUUAAUUCAUUCUUUAAUGUUUAUAYGAAGUAUUGGAAUGAUCUUGUUUACUUUCUUAACACUUUUGACGAUGCAAUCGAAAGUCAAAGGAAAGAACAUUGUUCACUUGAGGUUGCGACUAGAACUACAAUACCUAAAUUGUUGUCACCRUCCAAAAUUGAAGCGCAAGCAGCGAACGUGUACACAAAAACAAUGUUUUUUGAGGUGCAAAAGGAAAUGAACAAGGCAGUAUGGUUUUGUGGGGUCGUCGAUGUAGUAGAGGUARGGGAUAAGAUGAUUUACAGUAUUACACAUAAGAACAAGAAUUCUGAGAUCAAAGCUACGUACAAGGUGGUGCAUGAUGUAGGGGAUGAUUCUUUUGAUUGUAGCUGCAACCAUUUUGUUCGCAAUGGUAUAUUAUGUCGCCACGCGUUUAAGGUAAUGUUAAAUUCUGAGGUGCAAUGUAUACCCGAUAAGUACAUCUUACCGCGAUGGAGACGAGAGUUAGUUCCAGUAGAGCUGUUGCCGGCUCGUGUUAGGUAUGGUGAAAUGGAUGUUGAGAAACAAGCUUUGAUGAACCAGGCUACGUCAAUGUUUGAUCUUAUUAUUGGGCGUGUACGGAAUGAUAAGGGAUCAUUAACAGAGUUUGUGGAGCGAUUGGAACGUUUGGGUGAUGAAAUUUCGGUGGACAUUCCAAUAUUGACAGRUACUGAACAGAAGAGAAAUGAUAUUCAGAAGCUAUUAUGUGAUUCCGAACCUGAAUCGGUUGAUGUCUUACCACCAAAAGGGAUACGUAAUAAAGGUUGUGGGACCGGAAAGCGUAUUGUUGGUAUGUCAGAGAAGAUAUCCAUGAAUGCAAAGAAGCCGAAAAGAUUGUGCAGAACUUGUGAAAAAAUGGGGUGGCAUGAUUCCCGCAACUGUCCAUCAAAAGGUGAUAGUAACAAAUAA